AUGGCGGCGCAGGACGACGGUGCAGAGCGCCGCAAGAACGAAGACGACGCGCGACCACCGCGACACGGGUCGGUCUCGGCCCGAUCUGGACAGCAAGAUGGCGGCCAUGGCCUCGCCAAAGCCGUGAUGGAGAGCGCGAUGCCCGAGAAGAGCCGGCUGGAGUGGCUGGCCCUGCACAAGGCGUGGAUGCAAGCGGCCACCACGACCGACGCCGUCGCGAAGAAGAACUUCGCCAACCUCAUCCUCACGUCAGCAACGUUUCACGACCGCGUCGCAGCGCUGCUCAAGAUGAGCAAGUCGGCCAUGUCCGCCAAGGGCAGCUUCCUUGGCGCCGCGGCCAUUGACAAGCUUCGCGUGGCCGUCCUCGUGUCCAACGUCGCGGUCGAGCGAGGACUUGAAGAUGCAACCCUUUAG